AUGUCUAAAGAUAAUGAUUUGUCUAUUCCUAGGACUGAGACUCCUUUGAAGACUAAACCUUCCCAGCCAUAUACGUUGAUUGCUCCAGUGGAGGCAGAUGGAUUUUCUUGGCCAAGUCUUGGGUCGAGGGUACGUGCUGAUGAGGAUGAAGAACAAGAGAAACAGAGGGUUGGACGUAUAGCAGAUGCAGUUAAGGUGAUCUUGGAGGAAUUAGGUGAAGAUGUCACUAGAGAGGGCCUUUUAGAUACUCCUCAGAGGUAUGCUAAAGCCAUGCUUUAUUUCACCAAGGGCUAUCAAACGAAUAUUAUGGAUGAUGUUAUUAAGAAUGCAUUGUUCGAAGAGGAUCAUGAUGAAAUGGUUAUAGUUAGAGAUAUCGAGAUUUUUUCUUUAUGUGAGCACCAUUUGGUUCCAUUCUUUGGUAAAGUGCAUAUUGGUUAUAUUCCUAAUAAGAAAGUUUUGGGUUUGAGUAAGCUUGCCAGAUUAGCAGAGAUGUAUGCUAGAAGAUUGCAAGUCCAAGAGAGAUUGACUAAACAGAUUGCAAUGGCUCUAAGAGACAUUCUGAAACCAAUCGGUGUCGCUGUGGUGAUAGAGGCUACCCAUAUGUGCAUGGUUUCUAGAGGUAUCCAAAAGACCGGUUCCUCUACUGUCACCUCCUGUGUGUUGGGUGCCUUUAGAGCUCAUAAGACAAGGGAAGAAUUCUUGAGUUUGUUAUCAAAGAGAAGCAUUUGA